AUGACUCUUCACAUUUGGGAAUACGCACCUAUCAAAUUCUCAUACGGUGACGAAACAGUUUGUUGGAUACGCGAUGAGUUUGCUGCCUUCAUGUUCUUAGCAUCUGUUACUGUAUGUGGAAUGCAACAAACUCAAGUAAGCAGUUUUCGAAUUGUUGGUGUUGAAGAUUCACAUCCGGGAGAUUGGCCCUGGGUGCUUUUGUAUGGGAGCUAUGAUAGGCCUUUAUUUAGCUGUGGUGCUUCUUUAAUCAGCGAACGAUGGGCCAUAACUGCUGCUCACUGCGUUGAUGAGUUUAAUAAUAUUACGGCAGGAAUAACAACUUCACGCGAUAAUUCUGUGUUUCGUGGAAGUGUCCUUAUUGCCGAGACUAUCAUCCAUCCAGAAUAUGAUGCCGUUAGUAAUGAUAAUGAUAUUGCAUUACUUAGACUCGAUUCACCGCUAGAAUUUAAUCUCUUUGUUCAACCAAUUUGCUAUGAAAACUUGGAAUAUCGGCCAGGUACAUUGUGUUAUGCAGCAGGAUGGGGACUUUCUCUGGAAUAUGGUACCAAUCUGCAAGAUAGAAGUGUUUUCCUGCUGAGUAUCGAAGAAUGUCGCAGUCUAUACCCCGAAUAUAACGUAACUGACAAUAUGAUUUGUGCUAUAUAUACUUCUAGCAGUGUACUCGUUUUAUUCAAUGACAAAGGUGGUCCUUUGAUGUGCGAGUCAGAUGAUGGUACCUGGAACCUUGUCGGUGUCAAAAGCUUUGAAGUAGGAUUCAUGGCUGGAGUAUAUACUAAAGUGUCUAAAUAUGCAGAAUUCAUUCAGCAGACGAUCAAUUUGAUUGACCAGCGUGAAAUAGAAGAGCCUGUUGAUAUGAUGAUGAGUUGUUCCAACCAUGAAACUUGUCAAGGUAGAUGUGGAACCUCCUUUUUCGAGUCAUUGUGCCACUGCGACUCGCAUUGUGAGCUUUAUGGAGAUUGCUGUUACGAUUACUGGAAACAUUGCACCGACAAUAAAAAAUCUCUGAACUCUUCUAUCGCGUUUUGGGACCGUACUGUUUGUAAAUAUAAUUCGUACUACCUAAUUUCCAAAUGUAGUCUAGGAGCAAUUGAUGAAGACGUUCGCAAAAACUGUGAACAACCAAAUCGAGACGAUUUUCUUCUUAAUAUUCCAGUCAGUGACGCUUCUAAUUUAGGUUAUUUAAACUUAUAUUGUGCUUUAUGUAAUGGGGUAGCCAUGUCGGAUGUUGUAGCAUGGAAAGUUACUUUUAAUUGCAUUGACUCCCUAUAUCCGUUCCGAGGAAUAGGGAUAAUCAAAUCACAAAAUAUACCAACAAUGACUGCAACAAUUCCAAUGGUUUAA